AUGAGCGCACCCAAGAAGCAAUUCGUGACGGCCAUGCGGACACCUGCCACCCGUGACCGCGACCACCACGUUCUUGAACAGCCUAUCCCGGCCACGGACAUGGACACUGCUGUCGCCGAGCAGGACCUCCCAACGUACGUGGGCUACCAGGUCCACCGCGGCUUCGAGCCAUCUCUUCCACCCGCGCUCAAGGCCAUGGUGGAUGACGCCAUGGCCCAAGACAGCGAUGACUCCGACAGCGACAGCAGCAGUGACGACGACGACGACAGCAAUGACAAGGGCAGCGAGAAGAAGGCCAAGGACAAGCCCGCCGCCGAUUCACCCAAGCCAAUGGACGAAAAGCUGCCACCACUGCCCCAGGUCCUCUCCCUGUGUGAUGCGACGCUGCAGCACCUACACAAUCUUCCAAACGAUGUGGCGCGCGGCGUGUUUGUGGAGAAGCUGCUGGCCCGCCACAUGGCCGUUCCCAUCUGGGCACAACAGCUGUCGCCGAAGCACGCCGAUGACAAGUACAAGCACCACGUCAGCGCGCUGCAGUUUGCCAACCUCGAGACCAAGACCACCCCACCCACCGUCAACACCUACACGGACAAGGGGUGCCUGCGCGUCGUGGUCAUGUCCAAGUACGGCGCGGCCACCACGUCCACCCCGCAGCUGCUCAAGGACCUCUUCCACAUCGACUCCCUGCACGAGAAAGACAAGAGAACGGACUUCACCGUCACCAAGCACCCUUCCUUGAUGGAGGUUGGCGUCGGCUACCUCAAGGAGCCCGCCAAGGAGCUUGGCACGCGGCCAACAACGCACCCGUGCCUUGUGCUACACGUGAUUGGCGACUACGAGGACCUGUGGCCUGGCUUUCUGCGCGAUUUUGUCGAUGUCGUCAUCCUCGAGCACCCGGGCACGCCUGGCAAAGCCAAGGAUGAGCCCAUCUUCAACGCAAGCCUUGACAAGAAGCGCUGCUUUGCCUGGCAUCCAAAGGCUGACGCGCAUGAUGCGCCCAAGAGCAAGAAGGACGACAACCACCACGUCGUGUGUGGCCAACUCCGCGAUCCCAAGACAAACGAGAAGAUGGUGAAGCGACUGGUGAAGGCAACAGCCAAACUUCAGGAGGAGUUUGGCCUGCAGCCCAUGGACUCCUCCACGGCAUCCACUGGCAGCAGUGGAACAAGCGGAAGCAGCCCUAGUACAGACACUCGUGCCCGCCUCACGCUGUUCGACCUGUGCCGAAAGAACACCGAGCUCUUUCCGCGGCUGCCACCAUUUGCUGUCCUACCCGUGGUCGAGCAUGACUUUUCCCAAGUACGUGGCAAAACGUUCGUGCUGCAGGAGAGCUUCAAGCGCGAGCGCGACGCCUCCGAGUCCAAGAACAGUCGAAGCAACGUGCAAAAGCGGGCUAAGAAGGAUGAAGACGACAUGUUCGAUCAGGACAUACAACAGCAGAGGGACUACCGGGGCGAAAAUGCCCACUAUCAGCUUGGCGUUCCGCUCGUGCAGCGGGUCAUUCAAAUUGCCAGCCAGCCACGAGCCAAGGACCGUGUUGUGGGCUUCCACAUGCUCCAGCACGCCCUUGCCUUGAAGAGCUCCCAGCAACUCCAGCGCCUGGAAGAGGAGGUGGCCAGGCUCAAGAAAGCGUCCAACAAGAACCCCGACAAUGAAGAGCUUCGCAAACAGUACUUGGACGCCAACGCCAGCAUCAACGACUACAACGUCACCCUCGACCACAUUUGGCGCGAGAUUGGCCACAUCUACGCGGCUGUAGACUGUGAAGUCGACCUGCCCAAGCUGGCCGCACAGCACAUCCUGGACGGCUACCCACUGGAGCUGUUUGAUGGCGAUGCGCUGGGCGCCAACGAGGUCUGGGUUGGUGCUGUGCUGGGUCAGCUCGAUGAGAUUGUAACCCUGAUUGACGUCAUGUUUAACUCUACACAGAACAAGCCACCGACACACCUCGACCACAGUCCCGUCACAGAGAUGCUCAAAGCACAAUGCCAGCAACAGCAGCAGCCAGGCGGCUACACUCAUGAUGUGAAGCCGCGAGUGAUGGUGCACAGCAUGUUUGGCCCGCAGAGCAGCGGCAAGUCCACCACCGCCAACCACAUGUACGGCACGCGGCUCAAGGCUAGCGUUGGGCGCUGCACCAUUGGCGUGAACAUGCAGCUCAUCCCCUGCAAGGGCCGGGAAGAGUACGACUACGUGCUGCUGCUGGACACGGAGGGCGUGCGCGCUCCCGAGUUCACGCACAUGGAGAAGAGCAACCGCCGUGACGGCGUGUUUGCGCUCAUCGCCUUCCUGCUCGCUGACACGACCACAGUGGUGAUUCCAUCCGAGAAUGAUCGCGUUGUGCGUGAGCUUCUGCCGAUUGUGCUGGACGCGUACCGUGACUCCAAGAUGGCCGAGGCUAAGGGUGGCCAGCUCUCCACCAAGGUGGUCUUUGUGUACAACAAGAUGGACAGCGCCAACAAGGACAGGAUGACUGCGCAGACGGAAUCCCUGCAAACGUCGCUGCAAGAGGCGGAGGACAAGGUGUUGAACGGCGACAAGUACCUUUUCGCUGAGCUCAAGGCCAUUGAGAAAGGUGGUAGCAGCGACGGCCCUGAGCAGAGCAGGCACGAAGACAAGAAUGACCCGCCCCCUUCCACCCAACUGUUUACACGCGACCUCAAGUGUUCACUUGAGGACCCGAUGCAGAGCGACGUACAUGUGAUUGGACAGCUGAAAACUGGCGACUAUCCUCCUGACGACAAGCCGCAGGAUGAAUAUGCCACAGCCAUUCUGCAGCUGCGCCUGUACACCCACGACCGCGUGACUCAGCAGCCAAGAUGGCAGGCGCGCAGCCUCCAAGACUUCAAGGCGCUCACCACGAAGGUGUGGGACUGCCUGGACGCCGCCCACUUCGCUGUGAGCUUCGUUAGCAUCGUGGAGAAGCAAGCGUAUGCGCGCAUGACCAUGGGCGUGACCCUGUACCAAAAGAAGCUGGCCAAGGUGUUCCGUGAGACGUUUGAAGGAAUUGAGACACAGGUGCUGGCGAAGAGCGUGUCGGAUGACGAGGAGUUGACAGAGGUGCAGAUUAUGGAACAGGCGGAGAAAUGGUGGUGUGAGCUCGAGGGGGCUGCGUACCACAAGCAACAGUCAAUCACAGGAGAUGUGAGCACGUUUCUGACUGAGUUUGAGCAGUGGCAGCCGAGCCAGCUGCUGCGUUGGCAGGACUUUGUUGACCAACAACACAAACACUGGAAGGCGCUGCUCAUCUCCUUGGUGGGGACGCAUCUCGGGUCCGAGAAGAAGGAGAAGUCCAUGCAGCAGCAGCUUCGGCAGGAGCUGAAGGCCCGGUUCUCCAAGUACAGCGGCCAGGACUGCUCCAAAGAGAAAGUGCGCGAAGAGUUCAACAAGUGGUUCAAGCCGCGGCUGGAUGAAAUUCGCCAGCAGCACCCUCCUGUAGCGGACUGCGUGCGUGAGAAGAUGAAAAACGCAUGUUGCGAUUUCGCCGCGGGAGAUAAGCAGCUAAUUGAGGCGAUGACUGCCGAUGAGUCCUCCGUCAGGGCUGACCAGGUCAUCGAGGCCCCCAAGGACGCCAAGACGCGUGAGCCCAAGCCAUCGAAAUGGGGAGCGUUCUUGGCCUUCUUUGCUCUCCGCCGCCGAGCGCCUUCAGAUGGAGUGAACGCCCGCACGGUGAUUGACGAGCUGGCACAGUCCGUGGUGGAGAGCGCCUUGGAAGGCCACAAGUGCUAUUCGGACGACAUCGUCUCGGAUGCACUGCACUCUGCUCAAAAGCGCGCGGCGGAGUUACACAUCAAGGGGACGUGGUUCCUGCGAGGUGUUUUGCACGCAGUUUGUGCAAAGCUUCAGCCGAGGUUGGUGAAGUUACAGCGGGCAUGGGACAGGAAGCACAGUAUACACCCGUCGGAGACAGACCGCGUGCAUGAAAAGAUGUUGGAGGCAUGUUGCGAUUUCGCCGCGGGAGAUAAGCAGCUAUUUGACGUAAUGACUGCCGAUGAGUCCCCCGUCCGGGCUGACCAUGUCAUCAACAUGCAUAAGCGCAAACAAUCGACGAUUGGUGCCCUCUUGUCUGGUAUUGUUCGCCGCCAAGCACGCCCUGAAGGUGUGAAUGCCCGCGAGGUGAUUGACGAGCUGGCACAGUUCGUGGUGGAGCGCGCCUUGGAAGGCCACAAGUGCUAUUCCGACGACAUUGUGUCGGAUGCACUGCACUCUGCUAAACAGCGCGCGGUGGAUUCAGACUGCACAGAGGAGUGGUUCAAGCGAGGCGUACUGCACGCAGUGUACACACGGCUUCAGCCGAGGUUGGUGAAGUUGCAGCAGGCUUGGGACAAGAAGCACAACAUGUACCACUGCAUCCAGAAUGCUGGAGCGAGCCUCUUUGAGUUUGCGGUUGCCAUUGUCGAAGGCCUGAAAGGCGUGAAGCUGUUGGAGAAGAACAUUGUGGAUGCCUUGAAGAAGGAGUGGUAUUGGGACUUCCUGGGGUCGCUCGCCCGCACGUACGCUAUCCAGGUUGUGGAGGAGUCCUUCAUUUCCAACACGACCGUCCUUUGUGCGCUGGUCGACCUUGAUCUGCUGCGCCUGCAUGAUGAAGGGGACGAAGCCACGCUGCUUCGCAAGGUUGAACGGACAGACAAACACUUUGAGGAGAUGUCACAGCGCAUGACGCUGCAGUACUUCGACCAACCUCGCGAAGGCAGCGAUCCUGCAACAUCGCACGUGCAGCAGCAUAUGGACACGUACAUGAAGCGAGUGAAGCUCUUGUUCCAAGAAGUUGUGUUACCCCAAGACGCCAAGCUCCCUGCAACUGAGACCCUCCAGCAGCUGAGGCGUAGUGCUGCUGCGAACAAGCUGACGGGACUCGCGAAGGAGCUGGGCUGUUUUUCGGUGCCUGAUGGCGCGGAUGAGAACUCCAACGUCGACGAUUUGAAGGAGAUGCUGGAGCGCAUUGUUCGCGUGCUCUCCAAGCAGGGCCGAAACAUCUCCACGCAACAAAAAAAAUGGCUGUCUAAUCGCGUGGCAUUUGUGCAGGAACUUCUAGGUCGUUUGACGGAGCAGCAAUAUGUUGGCGCAAGGUCGGCCAAGCCACGGUGUGGUGAACGUUGCCCAGUGUGUGGGUACCCUUGCAUGCGGGAACGCGGGCAUUUGGGCGUGAAGAGUUCUGGCAAGCAUGACAGCCAUGAUUGUGCUCAUCAGCCGGCUAGCUUCUCUGGAAGCGUCCGAUAUCGAACUGAUGAGCUCUGGCCACGCUCCUGCCUGACGAGCGUCCGAGACGGCUGCGAUAUGGUGUUUGACGACAAGACUGUUCCUUUCAAGGACUUUGACAAACAGUACCCCACGUGGAAAGUGCCCAACAUUGAUCAGCCACAACACUUGCGGGAGUAUCUCUACUAUCAUCACGUCGAAGCAGCUGCUCACAAGUACGGCAGGUCACCCAGUGAGUCGCGCGAGGCUUGUCCGGUCACGUACAAUCACAACCGCACGCAGGUCGAGAGGGAGCUGAAUGCCAUCGUUGGCAACUACACGCUCCCACCUCCUCUCUGA